AUGAAUGUUGUUAAACAUAGAGAAGCCCACAGCGACAGCCAAGCGCUGGAUGGGCUAAAGAUCCAGGAAGGAGUUCAGGUACAGCCUCAAAAUCUGCAGCGUAGGGCUUCUGUCCUGCUGGUUUUCCAACCCUCCCUGCCCCAGUUACUGCUGAUCACCUCGUCCAGCUGUGUUCAGUCAGUUGAAAAGGUAACUGACACACCUGGUCAAGGUGAUCAGCAGGGAGCGUUGGGAAACCAGGAGGGACCAGGGCCAGGGCCGGGACCGGGGUCGGGACCAGGACCAGGACCGGGACCGGGACCGGGGCCGGGGCCGGGACCGGGGCCGGGGCCAGGGGCAGGACCAGGACCAGGAUCAGGGCCAGGACCAGGACCAGGACCAGGACCAGGACCAGGACAAGGACCAGGACCGGGACCGGGGCCGGGGCCAGGGCCAGGGCCAGGGCCAGGGCCAGGACAAGGACCAGGAUCAGGAUCAGGACCAGGACAAGGACCAGGACCAGGACCAGGACCAGGACAAGGACCAGGACAAGGACCAGGGCCAGGACAAGGACCUGGACCUGGACCUGGACCUGGAUCAGGACCAGGACAAGGACCAGGACCAGGGCCAGGACCAAGACCGGGACCAGGAUCAGGACCAGGGCCGGGACCAGGAUCAGGACCAGGAUCAGGAUCAGGACCAGGGCCAGGACCAGGACCAGGACCAGGGCCGGGACCGGGGCCAGGUCCAGGUCCAGGGCCGGGACCGGGGCCAGGACCAGGACCAGAACCAGGAGAGCCCACCCCUGGUAUAAUCCAUAAAUAUUCCCACUGGAUUCUGAAGCUAGAAGCAGUUUGUUUCCAGGGCCGCAGAUGGACAAAAUCAAGAGGAACCUACAAAAUGAAGCCAUUUUCAGUUGACAGUUCAAGAAGUGUGUUACUAGCUUAUGGUUAAGUGUUGAGUGCUUUAGAUGGAAACAUGCUGCAUAAACAGUUUUUAAUAUCGUAUCAAUAAAGAAGCAAGGGCUGCUUUUUACUUCUCUGAAGGUUUUCUGUCGAUUAUGAACGGACAACGGACUUGAUUAACGUGUUGAAUUCACUGUGACAGUGUUUCAUAGUAAUUCAGCAGCCAUGAAAUGAAACUUGAGCAUCAGCUUUAUUCGCCAAGUUGCACAAAGGAAGGAAUUCGGUGCGAUCUAACUCUUUGUUCCCUCUUGUGGCAUGAACAUUUACUGUUGCUCAG